AUGGAUCCUCGAAAUCUCGCCCCUGACGACGUCAUCCUCAACCACAUCUUCCCCAACCAACCUCACAUCUCCAUAGGUAAGAUCUUCGUACAAACCUGGGACAAAUGCGUCUUCAAAGCCAGCAUCCCAGAUGACCGCGAGCAAAAUGCCCGCGAGCCAGAUGCCAGCGAGCCUCCUCCCUCGUAUCUAGUCCGUCUGGAGGUCGUAGCCGGAGACGAUGAAGCUACGCAAUUUGCUACCGUCUCAGCCAUGCAGCAGAUUGCCUCGCUUGCCAUUCAUGAACUAAUCCCAGAGACGUGUCAAAUUGGUGUGGCCAACAAUGCUAAAGGCAAACGAGUACAUUUUAGUGUGACGGAGUUUGUCAAGGGGGAGACACUGGAAGAAGCCUGGGAGCAGAUGAGUGAGGAAAAUCAACGGUCCGUUGUGACUGCUCUGGUCGAAGCAUUGAGAAAACUGCACUCUAUUUGGAUACGCGACUUCCUAGCCCGAAUACAAUACUUGGCCAAGAAUGAGUUAUUUCGAGCCUCAGGCCCCUCAGGAGAGCACAUUCUUGGGGGAGCAGGGGUCAUGGGCGGGCCGAGCACGGGAUUCUUCGCUUCCAAGGACGGACCAUCUUUUCUCGGCGCCGUUGCCAAGAGGUGGGAGCUGAGUGGGAGACCCUUUCACACCAUGGCCACCACAGAGUCUGGUAAUUUAGUCGUACAGUCGGAAUACUCAGACCUCGGCUUCGUGAAAGUUGGGAAGAGCAGCAUGGAAGAGUGGUAUCGCGAGGCCGUCCUCUGCCACAACGACCUCAACCCCCGCAACAUCAUCGUCAGCAGACCGUCCGACUCCGACUCUGCCUCUACCUGUCACAACGAAGCAUCCGAUUACCAGCUCUCCGCCAUCAUAGACUGGGAACUCUCCGGCUUCUACCCCCCAUCCUACGAGCUCAGCCUCCAAGAUACCUACCUCAGCGGGGCCAACCGCCAAUUCUCCUUCUACUCGCUCCUCAAAAACCAAAUGAAGGAAAUAGUGCCCCGUUCUCCGUCCCAAAUCUCCCUGCUGCAGGCCAUGCAACUUCUCUUCGAAUCCAGACAGAGGCGACUGAGGGAAGGCAACAACAUCCCGGCCAUUAUCCGCGAGAGAUUCAUACAGAGAUUGCAGUUGCGGCGGGAUGAGGAUCCGUAUCUUGGCUGGGUACCUAAAGAUCAUGAAGCAGCCCGGCUUGUGCUUUCAUUUGCCGAUGUUCUGAAUAUAGAACGCGAUGUUGUUGCUGAGAGGGAGGCAAGGAGGGAGGCGAAGGCAGCUAGCCGGCUGCAGGUUGGAACUGGGAGUGAUUCGUAG